GUUUCAGGUCCCGUUUAGGGGGACGAUGACGCUAUUCUGCUAGUGCUGCGCCAGUUCUGAUGCAGCAGCAGAAUUCGCGACUGCAGGGAUUCUGCGAUUUAUUUGAUAUUUAUAAAUGGAAAAGCAGGAAGGAUCGCCUAGUCAGGCAACGGGUAUAAUCUUCCCUACGAGUCAGCGAAGUACAGUAGAUGAACCGCCGAGUCAGAGCCUGGAGCUUACGCCGGCGGCUGUGAAUGCGUUUCGUUUUCCCACUACAUCGUCGCUUUUCCCUAAUGAACUGCUGCGAACGCUGGGCGUAUCGCAACCUUAUUCUCCUAAUGCGGAGGAAACACCUCCACCAGUGAACCUUCAUGAAUGGCUUGGCACGCGGGUAUUGGCACGGGUCUCCAGUGGUGGUUACCAACCAGGCUCGAUCAAGAAUGUUCAUGACAAUAAGGAUGUGGUUGUGCAGUUUGACGAUGGACAAGAAUUAAAAUUUGACGAUGUGAUGAACGAGGCCAACUCAAAUCUAAUCAUUGCCGAUCAAGCUCCAAGUGCUUCCAUGAUAAAGAUCAAAACGAUGGUUUGCGUGCGAUUACCAACAGAUCAGAACGUGUACCGAACUGGAGAGCUUAUUUCGAUCUCAAAUACUCCUGCAAAAUAUCUGGUGCGGGUGACUUCGUCAGAAUGCGACUCAUCGGUAUCUCGCGCAAAUCUUCGCCUUUUACGGCCACCAUGGUACGAGGAGCUGAUGGCAGUGCUCGAGUCACGACACAGUGAUGCUGGUUCUAGCUCAACAACUACACCGCAAUCAGUGUUGGCGUCACCGUUAACGGCACCGUCGACAAACGGUAUCAUACCAAACUUACCGUUAUCACCCGAGAGCAUCAUCACUUUACUCGCCCUAAGGCAGCAGCACAUGCAACAACAGCUGCAAGCUCAUCAGAACAGUCUCAACGAGCAAUUACCGGGUUCGAAAAAGUCAUCAGUUGUUGGCAGCGCCGAUUCGGACGACGAUCAAGGCACUUCACAACAGCAUGACACUGCGUCCACUGGUGAUUUGGCUGGUUUUCGGAAACGUCAUCCAGGAUUUCCACCGCGUCUAUUCGUACCACCUCAUGAAGCGGUGUCGUUUGAUGACGAUCCGUCGACGAGCGCACCAGCGGCGCACAUAUUCCCGCCGAUGAACACUCCACAACGUUACAAAAAGGGCGAAAUUGUCACCAAUCCGGGUGGAAUUCGUAAGAAAUUCAAUGGCAAACAAUGGCGCCGACUAUGUUCAAAGGACGGUUGUAACAAGGAAUCACAACGACGCGGUUAUUGUUCUCGGCAUUUAUCAUUGAAAAUCAAGCCAGGUCAUAUCGAACAUACAUCACCGAGCAGCAGCACGGGUGGAGCAACUAUGGAUUGGUCCUCACACGAGGGCGAAGAACGUCGAGAAGACAGUGCUGAAGUAGCAUCGGCUAUUUUACGAACAUCAAUCGGACCAUUACCUCGUGAGAUGCCGUUAUCAGGUUCAACUUCAUCUCGUUUUUCCACCGAUUCAUCGCAAUCCCUCUUCGGUUCGAAGUUAGGUACAUCAGCACCAAAUGUGCCAACUUCGAGAGCAACAACUAUAGGGGACCAAAUUGCAGAAGCUGCUCUUCAGAUGGAUCGUGUGUCUCAAACUCAGGCUUUGUUGAAUCUCACCCAACUCCGGUUCGACUCAUUUCCUCAAGUGCAUCAGCUUCUACCACUUAUGCCAACUGCCGGCGCCCGUCGCGGUGACUUCACAUUGUUGCCGGGCCCUUUUCCAUUCAAUGCCGCUCUUCUCCAAAAUUUUGCCGCCCCACUUCUGCAACAGCAGCUUCAGCAGCAGAUUAGCGGACAACAAACGAGUCUCAACAACAACAAUGUGAAACCGGAGGAGGAAGAAGAAGAGGACGAUGAAGAUGACAAUGUGAGUGUAUGUCGAAAGAGUGACGCUUCGGAUGACGACGUGGAUAGGGACGACGAUCCGAAUGGAAAUGCAGGUUCGACAUCUGCCGGGAGGCCGCACAACGGGUCCAGCACAAAUUACCAAAUAAAUGGAAAUGGUGAUGUAUGUGGUCCAAACGAGACUGGUUCACAACAGCAGCAGCAACAACAGCAACAGCAACAGCAGCAAGAACAAAGCGAAAAUUGCUCGGAAACCAGCAAUGAGCGAGAUACGUCAACUCAGUCUCCAAAGCCAGCAUCAGAAAAUGUUGACCAAAGUUUUACCUCUUCAAAAGCUAUGGAUGGUUCAGUAACGCCUCCACUUCAGCCAACAAGCGAAACACCUACGAAUGACAUCUUCGGUGCCUACGUCAAAAGCGAAGUAGAGGAACCAAAUGAAGAUCGCAGCGAACAACCACCAUCUAGCGAUUGUGCAAAGGAGAAGAAUGGCAAGAAAUCAAAAUUGGAAAAGGGUCGGGAGCACAUUCGUCGGCCAAUGAACGCGUUUAUGAUAUUUUCGAAACGACAUCGACCCAUGGUCCAUAAUAGAUAUCCGAAUCGUGACAACAGGACCGUAUCGAAAAUUCUGGGCGAAUGGUGGUAUGCUCUGGGUGCCGACGAGAAACAACAGUAUCAUAAACUUGCGACGCAGGUGAAAGAGGCACAUUUCAAGGCUCAUCCAGACUGGAAAUGGUGCGCCAGAGAUAAGAAAACAAGAAGUGAUGAGUCGCAUGAAACGCCUAAGUCUGAAAAGUCGUUCGACUUUGAUUUCAAAACAAAUGAUGAUGCAAGCUGCAUGGAAGGCUCAGACAAUGAUUUUUGUAGUCCAACGACACCGACUCUACCACGUCCGACACCUUUGCGUAGGGAAAGUAUCGACUUAGGUUUGGAAUCACCCAUAAUGAGCCCUACAGUCGCUGGACUCUCAAAUUUUGUGCCUCCUUGUAUCAGUAUUCCAUCUUCACCGCUGGUGAGUUCGACCUUUGACAUGAGCAUUCUGCAAAAAGCAGUUUCCGGACAGCUUCCAUCAGUCCGACCUCCGUCACGCUUCCUUACCCCACCUGCAAUUGGUACAAUAUCACCGAUGCCGUCGAGUGCUGUUUCACCAAAUCUUUACAACUUUUGUGCGGCUUCUCCAAGCGCCAACAACUUAAUGCAAGGACUAGGUUCCCCGGCUUUUAACGAGUUCUCACCAACUAUAGCAACUUCGCAGCGAUUGUCACCGAUAAGUCCGAUGUGGAUAAAGAGUGCACCGAUACUUGUAAGUCCGCGCUCGGGAGAUUCUGCGUUCGCAUUUCCCCAAGGGAAGUCCGUCUCAUUGGACCAAACAUUGCCAACUCCUAACUUACGGGACAAGAAUGACCAAAACAUAUCCAAGAUGAACAGUCGGGGGCCGAAGUUUGUAUUGAUGCCAACACCUGCGCAACGAGGCGUAGCAAAAGGGCAGAAGCGUGCGCUGAGUGUGUCGGGUGCAGAAGAAGACUCGAAUCCUACGAAAGAAAUCAAUCAAAAAGGCGUAGAGAAUAAAAUCAACACCGUAAAGAAAUUCUUCAAACGCACCGACGAGACUAUGGACAGGGUACUGGAUCAAGUCGAUUUCCAAAAUAAGUUUGCGAAGCUGCCGGAGUUCACUGUUGAUCAGCUGAAGAAUGCCUCACCGGGGAGCCUGCCACCGACACCGUCCAAGCUUAUUCGAAAUCUAAUAGAAAAAGUGCGCUGCUCUCCAGGAAAUACACCGCUGGUGACCAGUACAUGUAAUGACAUCUUCUUUGGUCCAGCUUUCAGCAGCACCUCGCCUGACCUCACAUCUACGGAGGAUGUUAUACCAUGCAGUCCCUUAGAUGAAAAAAGUGCUAGUAAGAAACUGCUUGAACAGCGACGGCUACUUGUGUGUCAUCUACUGGAGAGCGCGGGAUUAUUUCCAUCAUCCCAAGAAACGAACGCUUUUCAAAUGAUGCACAGCAAAGUGUUUCCGAGCAAGCAAAGCCUUAUACUGAAAAUUCGUGAAGUUCGACAGAAAAUCAUGAAUGCUGUCAAAAAUGCUGACUCUUCAGAACCGGUCAAAGACGACUGCUCGCACAAUAACUCCAUCGAUACCUUUGCACGCACUUGCAAUGUUAGCGAGUCGUAAAUCGUAGCGCCAACAUACGUCAUCGUCAUCACGCUGGUAAUAUAUACUGUACGUAAUUACGUAGCUCGUAUGUGUUGUUAGAAACCGUAUCUCAUUAUACAUCCUGAGAUGUACAACGUAAUCUAUGUCAUUAAGGGUGUUACACCCUGUACUUACUCUCUCCGGUAAAUUGUAAUUAGCUAGUUGAUAAACACUCCCAUCUACUGUUUUCCCUUCUUCGAUCCGUGUGUUAUUCUCUCUUCUCCGUUUGUCGGCCCGUUCAACACACCACCCACUCCUCAUUGUAGCUAGAUUCAUAUACAUACAUGUAAAUGAAACAAAGUCCUACAUAAUCAGUAUCCAUGUUUAACCAUGUUCUUCAUUUUCUUCCUUUUGCUCCUUUUCCUAGCUUUUUCCCUUCUUCCACUUACGUUCAUAAGCAACUCUUAGAAAGUGUUCCAAGUACAGUUUGAUUGCAACUCUCUCUCUCUCCUCUCAGUGCUUACGUCAUAUGACGUCAUUAAUUGUUUGUUUAUUUUUUUUGUACCGUGACGUCACUCUACUCGCCGGUAUGUCUUCGGUUCUCACAAACUCUUGUUUUGCAAAUCAUUGAUGUGUCUGGAAAAUUAUUGUUGAACCUGUACGAUUCGAUCGUUGUCAUAGCCUCGCGUAGUACGUUUAGGUAUUUACACUAUUUCGUGCUUAUGUUACAAUAUUCUAUAUUUACGGUAUUCUCCCUACUGGUGACCAUGCGAAGCGUGCUUUCUCGCGCUUUUUGUGUGGUGCAAAUAUUGCGUCUUCGGAGCUGUAGCGAUUUUUUGAGUAAUUUGUUCCGUAGUUUCUUAUAUACAUAAUUGCUACGUCACUGGUAAAAGACUCUAAGCGCUUUAUCUGUGAUUUUUGCAAAACUGUAUCGUCGCAGAGCACAAAUAUAUCAAAAAUACACAAAUUUAAGAUUACUCGACGGACGGGAAUAAAAGAUGA